CGAUCGCAGCCUGGUCACUCUUCCUAGACCUGCCAACGAUUUUUUGUCAGGAUUAAGUUUAUUAUUAUUUUUUAAAUAAAUCAAAAUGUCUGGCGAUGAUGAGGGCGUUGCAGAGCUGGAAUCCCGUUUGGAGGAUGUCAGCCUGGAGGACAUAGGAGCCCGGCACCGUCGCGAGCGCAAGGAACUGCAGGCCAAGCUGCAGGCCAUGAAGAAGAAUGCGCCGAAGAACAAUAAAAACAAGCGGAAGGAGUUCCUGGAGGAGAUGGCUCGCCUGGAGGGAGAGCUGGAGCAGCGCCACAAGGCGGAACUCAAGGCGGCGGAAGCCAUGGAGGCGCCAGAGGUGCUGGAAGUCAGGGAGCCAGCGGAAAAGCCGGAAGCUGUAGUGCCAGAUGACGAGGAAGUUGAGGAAAAGGAGGAGCAGCUAACGUCCAAUCAGCGCGUUUCCAAGGCACAGAAACGCAGGGAUAAGAAGGCCAAGGAGGCACGUGCUCGCGAGGCUGAGAUCAAAACUGAGCUGCAAAAUGCUGCCAAUCAGCCAACACCCAAGUUAAUCGAAUUGCAGCAAAUCACAGCAAAGCUUUCCCAGCGCCAAUUAUGCCUUCAUAAUAUACCCUCCGAUGGCGACUGCUUGUACCAGUCCAUCAGACACCAACUCAUCGUUAAUGCUCUUCCAGGUCACAGUGUUCAGGAGCUGCGGGAGGAGACUGCGAACUAUGUGCGUGCCCACAAGGACUCGCUCAUCUCCUACAUGGUCCAUCCGGAAACAGGAGAUCUUCUGAACGACGAGCAAUUCGAACAGUACUGCCACGACAUAGCCAAAACUCACGCUUGGGGUGGCCACAUAGAACUGAAGGCCAUAUCAUCGCUGCUCCGGGUGCCCAUUGAAGUUAUCCAAGCGGAAGGAGCGCCGACACUCUUGGGACAAGAGGAAUUCGGUGGGUCACCGCUGGUCAUCUGCUACCACCGCCACAUAUACCAACUGGGCGCCCACUACAACUCCACAGUGGCAGCAGCCUGAAGGGGAAAUGCCCAAUGACUCCCACCAAUU